AAAGAAUGGAAGAAAGUUCUAGCCCUCCUGCUUCUCCUGUGGACAGCCUGGGGACCAGUGAAGAGGAGCUGGAGAGGCAGCCAAAGAGGCUGGGAAGGAAGAGGAGAUACAGCAAGAAGUCCAGCGAAGAUGGAAGUCCAGCCCCAGGCAAGCGGGAAGAAGUCCAGCCCAGCACACAGUCCUACGAGGGCUCCAAAGCCAACGGAUCCUUGCCAAUGUCCGAGAGAG